GGUUUCAAACCAAGCAGUGGUACAGUCCAAGAGCUGAAUUUUCGCAGCAUGAAGAAUGUCUGGGGUUAUUUUAGUGUAGCAGCGGCUGGAGGCCUUCAUGAAUUUGCGGACUCACAAUUUGGACAUUGCUUUGCUUGGGGAGAAGAUAGAGAAGAUGCAAGGAGAAAUCUUGUACUCGCACUAAAAGAGAUCUCAAUAAGAGGGGACUUCCGAACAACAGUUGAGUUCCUAAUAAAACUUCUUCAGCAAGACUGUUUUUUGAACAACACUUUCAACACUGGCUGGCUUGAUGGCUUGAUUGCAGAAAGAGUCCAAGCAGAAAAACCAGAUACCAUCCUUGGAGUAAUUUCCGGGGCUAUUCACAUAGCAGAUGCUGCGAUCUCAAAGAAAUUUGCUCUCUUCAAAAAUGCAAUUGAAAGAGGGCAGAUUCUACCAGAAGAUUUUUUAGGAAAUUCAGAAGAUGUUGAAAUCAUUUACGAAGGCUUCAAGUAUCGUAUCAGGGUUACAAGAUCUGGCCCAGGAUCAUAUUUUCUGAAGAUGAACAAUUCUACAGUAGAAGUUGAUGCUCACAGAAUGAGUGACUAUGGCCUCCUGCUGUCUUUCAAUGGAAGUAGUAACACGUCCUACAUGAAGGAAGAGGUUUCCACGUAUCGUAUGACGAUAGGAAGCAAAACGUGUGUGUUCCAGAAAGAAAAUGAUCCCACUGUUCUGAGAUCACCUUCUGCAGGGAAACUGAUCAACUAUCUUGUUGAAGACGGAGGCCAUGUAUUUCAAGGAGAAUCGUACGCAGAAAUUGAGGUUAUGAAGAUGGUGAUGCCAUUGACUGUCCCUGAAAGUGGAUGUGUUCACUUUGUUAAAAGCCCCGGUGCGGUUCUGGAACCAGGAACGUUCUUGGCCAAUCUUGAACUGGAUGAUCCUAGUCAGGUCACUCAGGCUGAAAUUUACCGCAAGCCUUUCCCAGAAUCGGAAGAUGGUAUUAAAGGGAAGGGAGUAAAAAGACACCAGGUCUUCCGGAGGACUUACGAGAGCUUACAGCACAUCAUGGAUGGAUACUGUAUAGAUGAGCCGUACUUCUCCGAGAGAGUCAAAGAAAAUGUAGGGUUGCUAUUAAAGUGCUUAAGAGAUCCUGCGUUACCUCUCUUACAACUACAGGAAAUGAUGGCAUCCAUAUCAGGACGAAUCCCUUCAACUGUGGAAGAUUCCAUUAAGAGACACCUUGCUAAUUAUGCCAGUAACCUGACGUCAUUGCUUAAUCAAUUCCCAAGUCAACAGAUUGCAAACGUGGUGGAUGCUUAUGCUGCCACGUUGACCAAAAGAGAAGAAAGAGAUACCUUUUUCCUUAAUACUCAAGGCAUUGUGCAGCUUGUACAAAAGUAUCGAAAUGGAGUUCGUGGGCAUCUCAAGGCAGUGGUUCUAGGGCUGCUGCGACAGUACUUACAAACUGAAAUGCUGUUUAACGAAGGAAAUUUCGAGAAAUGCAUAAACAUGUUGCGUGACAAGCACAAGAAGAGUGACAUGUCUUCAGUCAUUUCAGCUGUGUUUUCUCAUGCUAACGCCGCUAAGAAGAACACCUUGACUGUAUUGCUUAUCGAUCAACUUUGCGGACGUGAAGCGGGUCUUUCCGAUGAACUUCACGAUUUACUUCUGGAACUUACUUCCCUGAACAGACAAGAACAUGUGAAGGUUGCUUUGAGGGCAAGACAGGCAUUGCUGGCUUCUCAACAGCCAUCGUACGAACGCAGACAUAACCAGAUUGAGUCUCUGUUUCUGUCCGCUGUGGACAUCAUGGGGAACCAGUACGCUCCUGAGAAUCUGCAGAAACUGAUCUUUUCGGAGACAGCCAUUUUCGAUGUCCUUCCAAGUUUCUUCUAUCAUUCCAACGAGUCUGUCAGGACCGCUGCCUUAGAGGUUUACGUUAGAAGAAGCUAUCAAGCUUACCAGUUACACACUCUCUAUCACGAACAGCUUUUGGAUAAAGUUUCAAUUAUCGAGUUUCAAUUUUCUUUGCCUUCUUCUCAUCCAAAUCGGUCUCUACAUAAAGUGCCAUCAAGUAAAACCAUUCUUGCCAUGCCCAGGGUGCGCAGCUUGAGCGAAGAUCUGUUUGAUCUCGUUCAUCAUCAGUCUGAGCCUUGUAGCCGCACUGGUGUCAUGGCUGCCUUUGAAACAAUGGAAGACUUUGAAAGGCAUUUUGACUUGGUCAUGGGGAGGUUCCAAGCACCAAACUUGGUUCCCAAGUCGCCCAAGCCGGGAUUUAAACGAUCGGGCUCUGGUUCAUUAAUGGAAGCAGAAAUAAAAAAACAGCAAAGUGGCUGUGAGGAAGAGCCAAUCCACAUCGUUAACAUUGCUCUCAUGAUUGGAAAGAAUCUCAACAUGGACGAAUGUCGUGAGGUUGUGUCACAGUUUACCAUGCAAAAGAAAGAUGUGCUGAAGGAGAAGACAAUCAGAAGAAUUACAUAUUUGAUAUGUGAUGGCAAGGGUUCAUUCCCAUGGUUCUUCACUUUUCGUGCCAAGGACGAUUUCGAGGAAGAUCAAAUCUAUCGACAUUUAGAGCCAGCUCUUGCCUUUCAACUCGAGAUAAACCGCUUGAGGAAUUUCGACCUCGAACUGAUCUCUACAACCAACCACAACCUCCAUCUUUACUUUGGCUCAGCUAAAAAGCUGAGUAACAAGACCGAGGUGACAGAUUAUCGCUUCUUCAUUCGCACCAUCGUCAGGCAUUCGGAUUUCAUAACCAAGGAAGCUUCGUUUGAGUACAUGGAGAAAGAAAGUGAGAUUCAGCUCUUGGAGGCUUUGGAUCAACUGGAAGUGUCUUUCAGCGAAAGUCCCAAAAGAACCGACUGUAAUCAUAUAUUCCUACACUUUGCUCCCUGCGUCAUCAUUGAACCCGAUCGGAUCGAAGACAGUAUUCGUCACAUCGUCAUGCGCUAUGGGCGGAGACUCUGGGCAUUGCGCGUCUUGCAGGCAGAAAUUAAAGUUUCAAUCAGACUUACUCCAAAUGGAAAUGUGAUUCCACUGAGRAUGUUCAUCUCUAACGAGUCUGGUUACUACCUGGACUUCUGUACGUACAAAGAAGUGGUGGACAGUCGAGGACAGAUGGUGUUCGAAACCUACGGAUCCAAAAGAGGCCCACUUCAAGGGUUACCCACCAUCACCCCCUAUGUCACCAAAGACCAUUUGCAGCUGAAGCGAUUCAAGGCUCAGUCUCUUGGUACGACCUAUGUCUACGACUUCCCAGAGCUCUUCCGUCAGGCUGUCGUGAAAAUGUGGAAAAAAUGGGCAAAAUAUUCUGUUGAAGAAGUGGAAACACCACGUGAUCCGAUAACUGUAACUGAGUACAUUCUGGAUGAAAACAACCAGUUGAUGCCCAUCAAUCGUUUGCCUGGGGAAAACACGACUGGAAUGAUUGCCUGGAAAAUGGAAUGCGCGACUCCUGAAUGUCCAGAGAAAAGAGAGAUCAUCGUUGUUGCAAAUGACAUCACACACAUGAUUGGAUCAUUUGCGAUCGAAGAGGAUUUUCUCUUCAAGCGAGCCUCUGAACUCGCUCGUUCCAAAGGUAUACCCUUCGUGUAUCUUUCCGCAAACAGUGGUGCUCGCUUAGGCGUUGCAGAGGAAGUCAAACACCUGUUCAAAAUAGCCUGGAACGAUCCAAAAUGCCCUGAAAAGGGCUUUAAAUACCUCUAUCUCACCCCAAGUGACUUCAAGAAGCUUAGUGCCACGAAUUCUGUACAUGCUGAAAUGAUUGAAGACGAUGGCGAGGCCCGUUACAAGAUAACCACUAUUAUAGGGAGCGAAGGAGGAAUAGGAGUAGAGAAUCUUCAAGGUUCUGGAAUGAUAGCAGGAGAGAUGGAUGCUGCGUAUAUGGACACUGUUACCAUUAGCCUGGUAACCUGCCGUGCUGUUGGAAUUGGUUCUUAUUUAGUGCGUCUUGGUCAGAGAGUCAUUCAAACAGAAAACGCUCAUUUAAUUCUCACAGGAUACAAUGCUCUAAAUAAGGUUCUUGGACGUCAGGUGUACAGCUCUAACAUGCAGCUAGGUGGACCACAGAUUAUGCACAAUAACGGUGUUACUCACAUGGUGGUACCAGAUGAUUUUGGUGGUAUAGCAGCCAUCAUGGAUUGGCUAGCUUUUGUUCCUAAGGAAAAGAAGGGGAAUGGCUCAGUGGAUUUUUUGACCGAGAUUCAUUUGUGGAAACUUUGCACGACUGGGCCAAGACUGUUGUCUGUGGAAGAGCAAGAUUGGGUGGAUUUCCUAUCGGAGUACUUGCUGCUGAAACACGCGCGGUAGAAGUCGUCAUCCCAGCAGAUCCUGGCAACCCAGACUCUGACAUCAAGAUAAGCCAGCAAGCAGGUCAAGUGUGGUAUCCAGAUUCGGCCUAUAAGACAGCUCAAGCCAUCAAUGACUUCAACAAAGAGCAGCUACCCUUGAUGAUCUUCGCCAACUGGCGCGGGUUUUCAGGGGGAAUGAUGGACAUGUACGACUCUGUUCUAAAAUAUGGAGCGUACAUUGUCUCCGCUCUCCGUGACUUUAAACAGCCAGUGUUUGUGUAUAUCCCUCCGUACGGGGAGCUGCGCGGAGGAGCUUGGGUUGUGAUAGAUCCAUUUAUUAACCCUGAAGCAAUGGAAAUGUAUGCUGAUGAAAAGAGCAAAGGUAAUGUUCUAGAACCGUCUGGAACAGUAGAAAUCAAGUUUAGACGCAAGGAUCUCGUUAAGACCAUGCGAAGACUGGACAGUAAAUACAUAGAGUUGACACAGGGACUUACUGUGACUGACGUUUCUCAGAAAGAAAGAGAAGAAAUUGAAAGAAAGAUAAAAGAAAGAGAAGAUGAACUAAUUCCAGGAUAUCAACAGGCAGCGGUCGACUUCGCUGAUCUUCACGACACGCCCGGGAGAAUGCUGGAAAAGAAUGUAAUCAGUGACAUUAUCAAAUGGAAGCAGUCAAGAAGGUUCUUUUACUGGCGGCUGAAGCGUAUUUUAUUGGAGAGGGAAGUGAAGGGACGACUACGUGGUGCUAAUGGUGACAUUUCAUCGGGGCAGCUGAAUUCAACCUUGGAAAGAUUGUUUCUGGAGGCCAAUGGAAGUGCAAAGUCCUACUUGUGGUCGGAUAACCAGGCUGUAUCAGAAUGGCUUGAGAAGGAACUGAACCAGGAGAAGGAUUCAGUGAUUGCCGACAACAUUAAAUGGUUCAGAAGAGACUGCGUGUUGAAAAGCAUCAAGAAUCUUGUUCAGGAGAACCCCGAUAUCGCAAUGGAUUCCAUCGUUCACAUCACCCAACAGAUGAACUCCACCAAUCGCAACGAGUUCUUUCGCAUCCUCAGUAACCUCGAUGCCAAGGCUAGUUUAGAAGGAAACAAUUAUGUUACAAGCACCUGAAACAUGCCAAGGCUACUAAAAUAGAUAUCGCAUUAUUUUAACUAUUAAUUCAAUAUUAAUUCAUUAACGACGUGAAACCUUAUAGUUUUGUGUGAAUGGCGCAAUUCAAACACAACUAUUAAGUUUCACGUGUAAAACCUGCGCGUUUUACGUUGCAAACGUCCGAUAUAGAAGCUUUUAAUGAAACCUACCAUUCGCGUAACGCCUCACAGAAGCUCGCAAAUGCAGUAUAAGAGAAUAGGCCCUUUGUAGCUCAGUAAUCACGUGCUGAUUAAUUUAUUGAGAGCAAAUGAAUGAACAUCUUGAUUCCCAUGGGUGAAAUAUAUUGGUGAGCAAACAAAAUUUCUACAACCUGUUUCGAGAGAUCGUAAUAAAAC